AUGUCAGACAUCGAUGAUGAAGAGUUUGAACAACUAGGCCUUACAGCUCUUGAACAAGUCGAAAAGACAAAGACUUCUGUUAAUCAACCUCAACCGAUCAUUCCUCAAAAGGUUUCAAGAGUCACAGCUCAUGCGAUCCUUGUGAAUUUUCGACAGAAAGGAAAUCCUUUAUUGCACCAUGUUCGUAAUGUGCCUUGGGAAUAUGCAGAAAUAGUCCCAGACUUCGUGAUGGGAAAUGGGAUCUGCAGCUUGUUUUUGAGUUUGAAAUAUCAUCAUCUUCAUCCUGAGUAUAUUUAUGGAAGAAUAUCUCGACUAGGAAAGGCUUACAAUUUACGAGUCAUGCUUGUCCUAGUAGACGUUGAUAAUCAUCAAGCUUCUAUCCAAGAGCUAGUGAAAACUAGUAUCGUGAACCAGUAUACCUUGGUUCUUGCUUGGUCGCCGGAAGAAGCAGCAAGGUACUUGGAAACUUAUAAAGCAUACGAACACGUAACUCCCACUUCUAUUAUGGAGAAGCCAUCUAUGGAUUACUUGAGCCAAGUUCAGACAUGUCUCACCUCCGUUCGAGGUAUCAAUAAAAGCGAUAGUCUGACUCUUCUUUCUCAAUUUGGGUCUUUAAAAGGUGCGUUGUCUGCCUCCAGAGAAGACUUGGAGCAGUUGGAGGGUUGGGGCCCUACGAAAGUAAAUCGCUUUCUGGAAGCUGCGCAACAACCCUUCAUGUCACGUUCAGUUAUCAAGAAUCCCGAAUCAUUGUCGAAAGAGAUUUAA